UUUGGGGGAAAGGAAGAAAAAGAAUUGACCAUGCUUUUUGCCGUCACCUUGUUUGUUUGCUGGGGCAUUGUCUCGGCCAAAGUAGCCGGACCCCCUCCAGGACCUAAUGAAUCACAAAGAAUCGUUGGUGGAUCAGCGACCACCAUCACCCAAUACCCAUUCGCAGCCGCUUUGCUCUACUCUCAAGCCCAGACCGUAUUCACUCAACAAUGCGGUGGUACCAUCAUUAACCAGAGAACAAUUCUCACCGCUGCCCACUGCUUCUGGAACACCGGCAUGAUUGUUUCUCGAUGGCGCGCUCGUGUAGGCUCUUCCUGGGCACACAGUGGUGGCUCCAUCCAUACGCCGGGUGAAAUUACGAACCACCCUCAAUACAAUCCUAGCUUCGAAGACAAUGAUUUCUCCCUUUUAAGGCUUAACACCUUCAUCCAGUACCUUACUAAUUCAGUGGGGCCGGCGAACAUUGCGGCCGCCAAUUACAAUCUCGGUGACAAUCAGAUUGUGUGGGCAAUUGGAUGGGGAGACACUUGGCUUGGUGUUCCUGGUGUAGAUCAGCUACGUCACGUUCAAAUCUGGACUGUCAAUCAGGAGCUCUGCGCACAACGAUACGCUACUCAAGGUCGCCGUAUUACUAAGAGUAUGUUGUGCAUUGGCUACGUGAACGUCGGUGGUCGCGAUCAGUGCACGGGUGAUGAUGGCAGCCCAUUGCUGCACAACAAUGUCGUUGUGGGUAUCCGCUCUUGGGGAAUCGGGUGUGGCGACCCCUAUUACCCUGGUGUUAACUCCCGUGUUUCUGUUGCUUCUCACUGGAUCGAAGCUAUGACUUAAAUCACCGAUAU